CUGCUGCGGGGUGCCCGGAGUCGGGGCGCACCCUACAGCUCCUGGGACCUGCAAGGGGGCGGUAGGGACCCGCGACGGAGCGAGCCGCCCCACCCCCCCGACCCGCCCAGACGCCGAGCCCCGCCUGGACCUUCUCGCAAGUGGUCUAACCAGCCGGACUAGCCGAACUUGCUGCGGCUCCCGCGGUGGCAGCAGGUGGCCCCGGACUUCCCGCUAUCGCCGCUGCAGGUGAGGGCUGCGCGCCCCGUUGCGCUCCGGAGCCCUCUCGGCCGCCCCCGCCAGGCGGGAUGGAGGCGGACGGGGACCAGGAGGAGCUGGCCCGGCUGCGCGCGGUCUUCGCCGCGUGCGACGCGAACCGCUCGGGACGCCUGGAGCGCGAGGAGUUCGGCGCGCUGUGCGCGGAGCUGCGCGUGCGGCCGGCCGACGCCGAGGCCGUGUUCCAGCGGCUGGACGCCGACCGCGACGGCGCCAUCACCUUCCAGGAGUUCGCGCGCGGCUUCCGCGGGGCCCUCCGCGGGGGGCGGCGCCGGGGCUGGGGGCCGCGCGAGCCUGCGCCCGCCGCUGCCGAGGCGGGGUUCGAGACCCGGGAUAGCGAGGAGGAAGAGGGUGACGAGGACACCGCGGCGGCGCUGACCGCCUCGUGGCGCCCGGAGAGCCCAGGCCAGGCUUGGCUGGACUUCCAGGCGCGACUCGGGGACGAAGCCAAGUUCAUCCCCAGAAAAGAGCAAGUUAGUACCCUGUAUCAAAACAUCAACCUUGUGGAGCCAAGACUCCUUCAGCCAUAUGAACAUGUUAUAAAGAACUUCAUCCGCGAGAUCAAACUGCAGAGCACAGAAAUGGAAAACCUGGCCCUUGCGGUGAAGAGAGCCCAGGACAAGGCAGCCAUGCAGCUGAGUGAGUUGGAGGAGGAAAUGGAUCAGAGGAUUCAGGCUGCAGAACAUAAGACGCGGAAAGACGAAAAACGCAAAGCUGAGGAAGCCCUCAGUGACCUCAGACGUCAGUAUGAAACCGAAGUAGGAGAUCUGCAGGUGACCAUAAAAAAGCUUAAAAAGCUCGAAGAACAAUCAAAACACAUAAAUCAAAAGGAAGAUGUGGUUGCAUUGAAAAAGCAAAUUUAUGAUCUAUCAAUGGAAAAUCAGAAAGUUAAGAAAGAUCUUUUAGAAGCACAGACAAGCAUAGCCUUUCUUCAGAGUGAACUAGAUGCUUUGAAAAGUGAUUAUGCCGAUCAGAGUCUGAAUUCUGAAAGGGAUCUGGAAAUAAUCCGAGAGUACACAGAAGAUCGAAAUAGUCUUGAGAGGCAAAUCGAAAUGCUCCAAACAGCUAACCGGAAGCUGCAUGACAGUAACGACGGCCUUAGGAGUGCCCUGGAAAACAGUUACAGCAAAUUCAACAGAUCCUUGCGCAUAAAUAAUAUAUCCCCAGGGAAUACAAUCACUAGAAGCAGUCCCAAAUUCAGUGGUCAUUCUCCUCAAACUCCAGGCUAUGACAGGUCAUUUCGCCCUGCCUAUGUGGAUGAGGACUGCGACUCCUUGGCCCUCUGUGAUCCUAUGCAGAGGAUGAACUGUGAAGUUGACAGCCUGCCUGAGAGCUGCUUCGACAGCGGCUUGUCUACUCUGAGAGAUUCCAACGAGUAUGACUCAGAGGUGGAAUACAACAAGCUCCAGAGGGGAUUUCAGAGGAUACACGCGGCUCAGGAGAGCUUUGGGGGCGAUGCGUCAGACACAGAUGUUCCUGAUAUAAGGGAUGAAGAGACAUAUGGUUCGGAAGGGGUGGCUUCUGUCUUGGACUGGAAGCCCCAAGGCUCUGUUAGUGAAGGCAGCAUUGUUAGUUCAUCAAGAAAGCCCAUCUCGGCACUUUCCCCCCAGACAGACCUAGUGGAUGACAACCAUAAAGCUUCUGGCUCACAGAAGGCUUACAAGAUUGUGCUUGCUGGGGAUGCUGCGGUGGGGAAGUCUAGUUUCCUCAUGAGACUUUGUAAGAAUGAAUUUCGAGGAAAUACAAGCGCCACCCUGGGAGUCGAUUUCCAAAUGAAAACCCUCAUUGUGGAUGGAGAGCAAACAGUUCUGCAGCUCUGGGACACGGCUGGUCAGGAGAGAUUCAGAAGUAUUGCCAAGUCUUACUUCAGAAGAGCAGAUGGUGUUUUGCUGCUGUAUGAUGUUACAUGUGAGAAAAGCUUCCUGAACGUACGAGAAUGGGUAGAUAUGAUUGAGGAUGCAAGCCAUGCGACUAUUCCUAUCAUGUUGGUGGGAAACAAGGCUGAUCUUCGUGACACUGCUACUGCAGAGGGACAAAAAUGUGUCCCAGGAUUCUUUGGAGAAAAAUUGGCCAUGACCUAUGGAGCGUUAUUCUGUGAAACAAGUGCCAAAGAUGGUUCCAACGUCGUGGAAGCUGUUCUCCACCUUGCUCGAGAAGUGAAGAAAAGAACUGACGAGGAUGACAGCAAAUCCAUUACGAAUCUGACGGGGACCAGUUCCAAAAAGUCAACACAGAUGAAGAAUUGUUGCAAUGGUUAAAUCCCAAACAUCUUUGGCCUGCGAAGCCUUCAUUUCCCGAAUACUGAGUUUGUGUGACUUGUUUGGUUCUUAGUAGAGUGGUGCAUCCUGCUGAAACUGUCACAUGGAGGGUUACAGAGUGGGAAAUCUCAACAGUUUUCCGUGGUCCCUCCAGAACCUCAGCUCUUCUUUGCUAUAUCUCAAAGAGCAACUUGGCCCUCCGGUUGAAUAGACUUGUCCUUCCAGGUCUUAAAAGAUAACAUGUAAAUUUUUUUAAAGUG